UUUUUGCAAAUUUUUUUUUGCUCAAACUACUAUUAUAGAAUUAACGAAGUCUUUUUAUUUUUUCUAUAAAUUUUUAAGAAAAGAAAAAAUAAAAUAAAAAUAAAAAUAGAGUAAAAAAAAUGGCUCAACAAAAAAAAAUAAUCAGACUUUGUUUUGCACUUUUAUUAUUUAUUACUUACGUUUAUGCAAAAAAUAUAACUGUAAAUGUUGGUGGUCCUGGAGGAGUCUUAAAAUUUGAUCCUCAAAAUGUCACAGAUGCUUCUCAAGGAGAUACAAUAGUAUGGAAAUUCUUAGGUGGAAAUCAUAAUGUUGUACAAAGCGAUGGGCUCGCUUCAUGUGAUCAAAGUCAAACGACCGGCUUUUUCCAAUCUACGACAAAUCCACCUACUGGAACCUUUCAAUAUACUGUUCAAGAAGCACAAGGAAUACUUUACUAUUUCUGUAGUUUUGCAUCUCAUUGUCAAAAUGGUAUGUGGGGUGCGAUUUAUGUCGGAGGUACCGCACCAGCUUCACUUACUGCAACCACUGCAUCACCUACUUCAACUGCCGGUGCUUCAGCAGUUCCAAGUCAAAAGAGUUCCGCUGUUAAAUUCGUUGGUGAUUUUAAAUUAGUAACUUCUGCCACAUUUAUCGUCCUUACUUUGAUUAAGUUCUUGUUUUAAGUAGUAAUAUAAUUUGUAGACAAUAAUUCUUUAAGGUUUAUAAAGUUAAUUUAAUAAUAAUAAAAUAAAUUUAAUUACCUUUUAAU